AUUUUAUAUUUAUAUAUUACUUUAACUAUUAUUAUUAGACUUCUUUUAUUUUUAUUUUUUUCUUUGGGCUUUCCCGGGAAAAAAGCCAAAGAAAAAAAUUCCCCUUUUGAAUGUGGAUUUGACCCAUUUUCUUUAUCUCGUGUCCCCUUUUCAUUAAAAUUUUUUUUUAUUGGCAUUAUUUUUUUAAUUUUUGAUGUCGAAAUUGUAGUAAUUCUACCAUUUCCUUUAAUAAUAAUAAUAAAAAAUUUACAUUUUACAUUUUAUUUUUUUUUAAUUAAUUUUAUAAUUUUAUUAGGCCUUUUAUAUGAAUUAAAUUAUAGAAUACUUGAUUGAAUGAAAUAA